AUGAGUGACAAAGGCAAAGACGUGGAUUUCCAGUCUCAGGCCCUGUUGUCUGCAGCCAAAGUUGGAGCACUCAGCGGAACCGCUGGCUUGAUCUAUGGAGGGGCUGCUGGAGUAAUUAGAUCCCCAAAUCCCAUGAUUCAUUCACUGUCAUGUGGAAUCCACUGGUUUGCAUGCGGCUCAGCUUUCUGGUGGCUGCGGAGCAACAUUAUCCGGCAUCAUUAUCAAGAGAAUGCCUCGCCGAAGGAGCGCUCGUACGCGAGUGCUUUAUGCGGUGGCAUUGCUGGUGGAGGUGUUACAAAGAUGAUGGGAGGCCGGCUGGUUCCGGGGGCCAUCAUUUUCUCAGUACUUGGCUACUGCGGCCAAAGCGUCUUCAACCGAGUCGACGCCUGGCAAAUGAAAAAUGCGCACAAUACAUCAAAACCAUUGAUGCAGCGAAUGGCUGAAUCCAAAUGGAUUCCACUUCGGUCACUAUCUGACCAGGAGUACAGGGAGAUGCUAAGUGAGAAGCUGCUUAGCAUCGAGGCCGAGAUUGCCCUUCUUGACGACAAGAUUCAGGAACUGGAGAGCUCUCGACCAGUCCCUGCUCCAAUCGACAAGUAA